UCCUCUAAUCCCACCCUUGACCCCAUUUAGGACAGGAUUGGUGGGUUUGGUUUACACACAUAUCCUGUCUAUAUAGCCUUCCGACAGUGCCAACGUCAGCUACAACUUCUCAAAUCCAAGGAAAACUUGACUUACGCAUCCUAAAAAGUAUCGGGUACCACCAUGAACUACAACGAGAAGAAAGACCCCAAACUGCAAAUGAUGCCCAGCACAGCCAAUGGCCAAGCAAAACUAAAGGAGCUGGAAGCGCGGGGAAACUGGGGGAGUAAAGCCGAGUAUAUUUUAACGGUGAUGGGAGCUAUAAUUGGACCUGGAAACGUGUGGAGAUUCCCUUACUUGUGUUACAAAAACGGAGGGGGUGUGUUCUUCAUUCCAUAUGUUUUGUUCUUGGUGACGUGCGGGAUCCCGCUAUUCUUCCUGGAGACUUCUCUGGGACAAUACACCAGCCAGGGAGGAAUAACAUGUUGGAGGAAGAUGUGUCCGCUAUUUGAGGGUAUGGGCUACACCUGUAACCUUGUCAUCUCAUUCAGUGCCAUCUCCUACAUUGUGAUCUUGGCAUGGGCCUUUUUCUAUCUCUUCUCCUCCUUCAGUGCAGAGCUACCCUGGGCAAGCUGCGGAAACUGGUGGAACACUGACUCAUGCAUGGACGACAGCAAGCAGAAUCGCAGCACCAACCUGACAUCAAGACAGAAUACCACACUACCAGUCAUGGAGUUUUGGGAGCGCAGGGUGCUGAACAUUUCCGGGGGGAUCGAGGAGAUGGGCAACAUCAGAUGGGAGCUGGCGCUGUGUCUCCUUCUCACCUGGGUCAUCUGUUACUUCUGUGUCUGGAAGGGAAUUAAGUCCACAGGCAAGGCUGCUUACUUUACGGCCACAUUCCCAUAUGCCAUGCUCCUGGUCCUGCUGAUCCGCGGUGUCACUCUACCUGGAGCCAUAGACGGCAUCAUCUUUUACAUUUACCCUGACAUCUCUCGCCUCACAGACCCACAGGUGUGGAUGGAUGCAGGCACACAGAUUUUCUUCUCCUAUGCUAUCAGCUUGGGCUUUCUCACAUCCCUGGGCAGCUACAACAGUUACAACAACGACUGCUACAAGGACUGUUUUUACCUGUGUCUUCUAAACAGUGGCACCAGCAUCGUGUCAGGCUUCGCAAUCUUCUCUGUUUUGGGCUUCAUGACCUAUGAACAGGGGGUGUCCAUUGAAGAGGUGGCUGAGUCAGGUCCUGGGCUGGCAUUUAUUGUGUACCCUCGAGCAGUAGCCAUGAUGCCCAUGUCUCAGAUCUGGUCUGCCUGUUUCUUCAUCAUGAUCAUCCUUCUGGGUCUGGAUAGCCAGUUUGUUGGGCUGGAGUGUUUGAUGACAUCUGUUGUGGAUCUGUUCCCUACCUAUCUGCGCCGUGAGUUCAGGAGAGAGCUGCUGUUGCUGGCUAUCUGCACAAUAGGCUUCAUACUGGGGCUUGCCCUGGUCACAGAGGGAGGGAUGUACCUGCUUCAGCUGCUAGACCACCAUGUGUGCAGUGGGACCACCCUGCUACUGCUGGCCAUUUGUCAGUCUGUCUGCAUCGCCUGGGUCUAUGGUGCUGAACGUUUCUAUGGUAACAUCAGUGAUAUGAUUGGCUACAGACCUCUGCCUUUGAUGAAGUACUGCUGGCUCUACAUCACUCCUACAGUGUGCACAGCUACCUUCAUCUUCUCCAUAGUCAAGUACUCACCAUUGAAGUUCAGCAACACAUAUGUUUAUCCUGUCUGGGCUAACAUCAUUGGCUGGUUCAUUGCCACUAUCUCCCUCUCCUUCAUCCCGCUAUGGAUGGUCUACAAAAUGGCCAACAGCAAUGGAACCCUGCGCCAGCGAUUCUCUGUGCUCUGUCGGCCUGUAGACGACCUCCCCGUGAACCACACAUGCAGAACAGAUGGCCCUCUUCAUCUGGCGACCUCUGACGUCAUGAGCUCCAGCAUGGAGCUGAAGCCUCUGUCCUUCACAGUGGGAGAUAAGGACGCACUGUGAACUCUCACAGAGAGAUGUAAAUCUUUAGUCCAUUGGCGGUGCCAAUGUAUAAUGUUUUGCACAUGCAAAAAAAUACACGUUUGUUUGUGCUUAGUCUUCACAUCGGCAGUGGCGCCAUCCAGAAACAGCCACCCUCUUGGCCCACACAUGCAUUGUUGGAUUUUAGUUUGACGUUUGUCUAUACAGAGUGAUGUGGAGAACAUGUAUAGCAUCUCUGAAUGCAGCCUUUACCUGCACUGCAAUGCAUCAAUGGGACAUUGUGCUCCUUUUGUAACCUGGUUCCAAAUCUGUUAGUGCUCUUGUUAACUCCAUUGCUGUCAUUUUCAGGCCAAAAAUUCCAUUAGGCAUGAGAGCAGAAACAGACCGGCACACAGGCAACCCAUUUUGUAGAACAAAUUAAGCAAGGUAACUAUAGAUGUGUGUGGGAAAUGAUGGUUUGAAAAACUGAAAAUCAGAAUUGACCUCAUAUAUAUCUAGGUGGAUUAGAUUAUAUGAAAAAACAUUAUCUGGGUUUACUCAGCACAUAUGACAUCGGAAAAUUUAAACAUCAGACUUUAUAGUAGCACUUCCUCUUCAUUUAGUUUUGACCUCUUCUAUUUUCUCUUUGUUUAUCUGUGUGCACACAAGUGUAUGUCAAUGCGUGGGUGAUUGCCUGUGCAUGUGUAUAUGUUUGUGUGUAUGUGCUGCAGAUUAAAUGGAUGCUAAAAUUAAAAUAUUCUGUAGUAUGUA